AUGCCGCCGCCGGCCUCGUUGGCCCAGUCCCUCCAUGACGUCUUGGCCGACCUGCAUCAACGCCCAUAUCCCCAUGUUCCCAACCCGCCAUCGUGCAAGAAGCGUGCCUCGGUUGCCCUGAUUCUUCGUGUUCGUCCUACCUAUAACCAUUGGCCGGAUGCUCCGUCCCUCUCCUCACCCGAUUCCUCUGCUUCCGUCCAGCAACAACUAGACACGUUCUUCUCGCAGUCUUGGGUUCAAAAUGGGGAGCCGGAAGCUAUCUUUAUCAAGCGAGCGUCGCGGGUCGGAGACCGCUGGACGGGUCAUGUUGCUCUUCCAGGCGGAAAGAGAGAUCCGGAGGAUGUCGACGAUAAAGCGGCCGCAAUUCGAGAAGCCAUUGAAGAGAUAGGACUGGAUUUGACAACGAGUGACUGUAUUCAUGUGGGGAAUCUCCCGGAGAGGGUAGUGACAUCGAGCUGGGGGACGGUUCCGUUGAUGGUCCUUUGUCCUUACGUCUUCUUGUUAACAUCCAGCGACUCCCCGACUCUCCGCUUACAACCCACCGAGGUGGCUUCGACCCAUUGGGUACCCCUCCGAGCCCUUCUCUCCCCAUCCUUGCGGACAGUGGAACAUGUGGACAUGUCUCAGCGGCUGGCCAAUAUGGGCGGGCUUAUGUCACGCCUUGCAUAUCGCUCCCUGAUGGGCUACAUGCAGUUCGCCGCCAUCCGGUUAGCACCAACUGAAAGCCUGCAGUGCAGUUCAACCCCGGGGUAUGUCCCAGAGGGCACCCGGCCGUCGGCGUCUCUGUUGGAACGCUGGAAAUCCUGGUGUCUCGGCAGUCAGGCGAAUUCCAGCAGUCAGGGUCAGCCUCUCCUCCUUUGGGGUCUGACUCUGGGUAUCUUGGCAGAUUUCCUAGAUAUGCUCCCACCUCAUACUGCUGUACAGUUAUGGAAAUAUCCAAAUUUCACAGCACUGGAUCUGCGAUUGCUUAUAAACAUCCUUACAUAUCGUCUGCGAAAACACAACCGGAACCAGGUCAAGUCGGGUUCCCGGCCCAACAACACCGCGGUGGACAGCCAGACGGCUGCGCUGCCGGUUACAGAGACAACUACCAGUCACGGGGAUCAUGAUCGCAACCAAGUCGGCAUUGGAGGACUUGGUGUAGGCAGGUAUUAUGGGUCCUCCGACAAAGACCCUGACGCAAGUACAUAUGCAGUUGGCAUCAUGCUCCGGGGCUAUUAUGACCGGGUCCGUGCUGCCAUCUAUAUCUUUCUAGCGUGGAGGAUUGCGCUGGGGUCUGCGGCCGCCAUCUACGCGUGGAAAUUGUUGCGUCGGCUGAAGUAA